ACCGCGUGGGAGGAAGCAGAAAAGGCUAAGCACAUGGCUAGGUUCAGACGCGAAGAGAUGAAGAUUCAAGCAUGGGAGAAUCAUCAAAAAGCAAAAUCUGAAGCCGAGAUGAAAAAAACUGAGGUGGAAGUUGAGAGGAUUAAAGGACAAGCGCAAGACCGGUUGAUGAAGAAACUAGCUGCAAUCGAGCGCAAAGCAGAGGAGAAGCGAGCAGCAGCUGAAGCAAAGAAAGAUCGUCAGGCAGCUAAAACAGAGAAACAAGCUGAACAAAUCAGAAGAACAGGCAAAGUACCUUCAUUGUUGUUCUCUUGCUUUAGCUUUUGUUCUUAAUAACAUAUAAUCCAAUCCUUAAUGUGGUGUUUGUUAAUUCUCAAGAACUAUCUUUCUAUCAUUUGUAUAAUAAAAGCUUUUUAAAACUACUUUCUUGUGAACUUUUUUA